AUGUUUCGGUGGUCGCACGAGCGCAUGUGCGAGGAAAGAGUGCGAAGAAAAGUACUACUCGCGGCGGCGUCGUUUGAUGAUUCCCCAAAUCGCGGAGGAGAGGAGAACAACGAAAAGAUAAAGAUGAAGAAGACUUAUGAGAGAAGAAGCGGUGGGAGAACGGAUGUGAGAUCGAUCGAAGAGAUUAAAGCGGAAAUCGCGCUCGUGGAGAGACAGCUGAGAGAGAAGAAAAGAGAGGAGGAGGAAGAAGAGGAGAGGAGGAAGAAGUUGCGAGCGAUGAAGAUGCAAAGCGAUCGCGAAAGGGAGGGAAAUCGGAGGUAUCGUCGAUGCGGUAUUAAUAACAGUGGUGGUGUCGACGCCGCCGCGAACGGUCUCGCGUGGAUCGAUCGUAAAGGCCCGGAGCCGGCAUCGAGGGCGAUGGCGAGACGGUUGUUGGAAACACUGGAAGAGAGAUGGAGCGACGAUGAAGACGACGCGUGUUCGUCGUCGUCCUCAUCUGAAUCUGGGUGUGAAGAAGAUAACGAGGAUGAUAUUUCUCUUGCUUCGAGGAGUCUCGUCACGUUUACAUCGCGGAACAAUACGUCAAAGAAAGAAGAAGGCGAGAAUAAAACGAAACGUCACCAUCAAAAAUUGAAAAUGCUGGAAACUAUCGCGCGAGAAACGUCCCGGCAGAUCCACGCGCAGUGCAGAGACCGCGGCGAGCUCGUCGAUGCAGUUUUAGAUCGAUAUCGAGAUAUAAUAGACGUAAAAAAUCAACAGAUGGAAGAGAUGCGCUUACAAAAUCGAAGAUUGUCUGCCAUGCGAGAUUUUGCAAACACGCAAUCCGAACGCGACGGAGAGGAAAAAAUUGCGUUGGCGAAGAGUUUAGCUGCCACGAGAAGAGAACAGAAACGCGUGCAAAUGUUAAACGAAAAAAUAUCGAGCGAGUUUGCAAACGCCAAAUUAAGAUGGCAGGAAAUAUCGUCGGAGCGAAAGAACAGACGCGAUUUAGAACGAGAUGCUUUGCUGAAAGCGCAAAAGGAAUUGAAACAGUUGAAAGAGACAAUGUUUCGCGAGAUUCGAGCGCAGACGAUGGUUUUAGAGAAGAAGUUAGUGCACGCGUUGGACAGUCGCGACGAUUCGAAAGAGUCGCUGAGGUACGCGGAGGAACGAUUGCGUGUGGCUUUGGCGAAAACUCCGAGAGGAAAACCAGUUGAUACGGAUGCGCAAACGAAUCGGCGUUGGAUGAAGCACGUGAUUGCGAAUGGCGAGGACGGGUCGCUGCUUGGAAUUGGUUGUGAUGAUAUGGCAGACGCGAGCUUGCAAACGGACGCAGAUUUGGUGAUGUUGGGAUGGCAUACUCGUGACAACAAUAACAACGACGACGGUAUCGAGACAACUUCUGCGAGUAUGAAGAAAAGAAGAGGGGAUGGGCGAACCAACAGAAAUGCUUCCGCUUCUUCUUCUUCUCCGAGCGCUGGUACAAGUUUCACUCUCGGUGGGUUCGCGAGGCUCAUCCAAACUUCGAAAAUAAAAGGUCGCGAGAAACCAAAGUCGUGGACGUUACGCACGGUUGCGCAGAUUUAUGCCGAUAAAAUAGCCGCCGAGAAGGAUCAAGAGAAGCAGCAGCAACAACAACAACAACAACAACAGACAUCGACUCAUAUCGGAGGCGGAUCUCAUAACGAUCUCGCGAGUUUUGCGUACGAGUGGCACGUGCAUCGGUACGGCUUGCGGCAAUUGGCGGAAACAAACUGCUUGGAUUUAAUCGCUUCGUGCAAAGUUCACUCGACGUCGUCGCUGAAAAUCAGACAGUUUGCGGCGUUUUGCGGACUCCUCGAAUCGUCUACCUCCACUUGUUCUCCAAAUGGUACUGUUUUAAACACGGACGAAAGUAAUAGCGCUCACUUUGGCGGCGACCGGGAUACGUACGAUUUCUAUUUGAAAGUACUCGACGCGUUGGCACCGAAUGGUCACAUCUCUUCACUAUUCCCAGAAAACGAAUCCGCGAACGGUAAAGCGAUAAAAAUUAGCGAAGUUCAAAGUAACACCGCGUCGGUCAAAAUGAUGAACUUUGACGAUAGCGGUAAAGUGACGUUCUCACACGCGUGCGAAGCAGUAAAAGCGCUGCUGUUCCCGGACGUCUUGGUCAACGAGAAGACGAGCGCUCAAUUUAGUAAUAGCACUAGCAAUAACAAUAGCACUCUUCGAUUGACCGAGAAGGAAAAGAUGGACGCGUUAGCGCGAGCAUUUCUCUUCCAUCGAGGCGUAGAAGCGUCCUCGUCCUCGUCGUCAUCUUCCUCUAGCAAUGGGAUCAAGAAAAAAGUAACUGGAACAACUGUAGAUGCGGACGAUGUCGUUUCGAUUUUGAUGACUGAACACGAGAAACGAUCGAAACGGAAUAUGAGAGCUUUGAUUGUAUUGUUCCGCGCGAUGAAUUGCGAAGAUCAUGUCGGUGAAAGUAUAUCUACGAAUAGUAGUCUUUCAUCGUCUGGCCUGUCGAGAGAAGAUUUUUACGCCGCGUUUCGAAUCGCGAGCGAUAGCGCGUUGACGGAAUCAAACAUACACGUGGCAUGGAAAGAGUGCGUUAAUAUGUGUAUUCGUUCAUCGGCGAUUGGCCCUGUCGACGCACCAAGCGACAUCGGAAGGAAGAAAAAAAUGACAAAGAAGAAAAACGCGAGAGGAACUAAACUGAGCAAACAAAGGAAGACGGCGCAUAUCGGAGAAGAUGCCAUGAUUUCCGAAACAGUAGCGGCUUCGAACGAAUCCAUCGUCGAUGUAGAUGCAUUAGUUCGCAUUCCCGACCACGUUUUCGUCAGCGUCGCUAAGAAGCGUUGCUUCCUCGGAGCGUUUGAAAUUCAAUACGAAAAACGUUCUCCUCGAGGCAUCGAAGAAGUCCAAGAGGAACAAAUCGCCUACGAACAUGUGAUAACAACGAAAAUCACCGCUGAAUCCGCGUAUUACGACUCUUUCGAAACCGAGUGUCGCUUUUGCAAAGAACUCUUCGAUCUUCACGACGACUUGAAAUCCAAGUUCGAUCCUCCGCACCCGUCCGCAACUCUCGACUCCAGCGCGAUGCAAAUCAUCCACACCUCUCUCCUUCGUUGCGAAAAACUGAGGAAUAAAUACAUUCGAGAGCAGCAAACGCAAACGCACGCGGGGCAAAACCAACAACAAAACUUCUCGCGCAAAGAGAAAACGUUCUUGCGAGCGCUCGUCCUCAAAGCGUUAUCCUUGGAGUUGCAGAAAAUCCAAGUGAAAAGACGAGGAGGUAUUAAACGCGUCGGUGAAUUAGUACGCGCCACGGUGUCGUUCAAGUUACGGAACGCGUUUCGGGAGCAAUAA